AUGGCUCUCGUUGUCAGCUUUGACGAGCCCGUCCAUAUCGCCGUUAUUGGCGGUACUGGCCUCAGCCACAUCGAGGGAUUUGAGCCCGUGGCCAGCAUCAACCCCAUAACUCCCUGGGGAUAUCCUUCCUCUCCGAUCCUCAUUUCGCGUCACAAUGGGGUCCCCGUAGCGUUCCUUGCUCGACAUGGCCACAACCACCAAUAUGCUCCCCACGAGGUACCGUCGCGCGCCAACAUUGCCGCACUACGACAUAUUGGUGUUCGCAGCAUCAUCGCCUUUUCUGCUGUCGGCUCGCUGAGGGAGGAGAUCAAGCCUAUGGAUUUCGUCGUCCCGGACCAGAUCAUUGAUAGGACCAAGGGCGUCCGUCCGUUCACUUUCUUCGAGGGUGGUCUUGUCGGCCAUGUUGGAUUCGCGGACCCCUUCGACCACAACCUUGCCGAGAUCGUCAAGAAGUGUGCGCACCACAUGGAGGGAAACGGUGUUAUACUUCACGAGGAAGGCACCGUUGUUGUCAUGGAGGGUCCUCAGUUCUCGACUAGGGCCGAGUCCAACCUUUACCGUACCUGGGGAGGCUCCGUGAUCAACAUGUCUGCUUUGCCUGAGGCGAAGCUAGCUCGUGAGGCUGAGAUUGCCUACCAGAUGAUCUGCAUGGCCACAGAUUAUGACUGUUGGCACUCGACCGAGGAUGUCGACGUUGCCAUGGUUAUGAAGAACAUGGAGCACAACGGCAGGAACGCCAAGCGCCUUGUUGGUGCUGUCCUUGACCAGCUUACCAAGCAGGAGCACAGCAGCGUGGUGUUGGCUAAGCACCUCGAGGGUAUGUCAGUUGGCGCGGUAGCUGGCAUCACCAAGCCCGAAGGGAGGAACCCCGAGGCGUGGGCGCGGGUCCAGUACCUCUUCCCCGAGUUUAUGAAGGAGGGCUAG